UCUUCCGCCGCGCGGUGGCUCUCUUCGGCGGCCUGUGGGCUUGGGAUGCUGCAGCUCGUUGUGGGUCGCGGCGCUUUGGCCCCUGCUAGGUUCCUGUCUAGUUCCGCGAUGCCUAAGAAAGCCGGGGCGACGAGCAAGGGUAAAAACCAAACCAAGGAACCUGAGACACCACCUCCUCCUGCUGGGCCUGUGGCAACUGAUCCUAAAGGUUGUGUCACCAUUGCCAUCCAUGCCAAACCUGGCUCCAAACAGAAUGCUGUGACAGAUCUGACCACUGAGGCCGUGGGUGUGGCGAUCGCAGCCCCUCCAUCGGAGGGAGAAGCAAAUGCGGAGCUCUGUCGGUAUCUUUCCAAGGUCUUAGAGCUCAGGAAGAGCGAUGUGGUUCUGGAUAAGGGUGGUAAAUCUCGGGAAAAGGUGGUGAAGCUCUUGGCCUCUACAACUCCAGAAGAGGUAUUGGAGAAACUGAAAAAGGAAGCUGAAAAAAAAUAAAGGCAAGAAGUGCUGAACAAGUCAGUCAGGACGACUGACCUUACCCUUUGCUGUCUACGAUGGUGCCUCUGGUGUGCAGACCAGUUGAAGAUCACAGCAUACAAGAUGACAAGAACCGGGCUGCCUUGCCUCCCAGUGGCGCCUUUAGCCUCUUACCGCCACGGUAUUUCUGGAUUCUGGGGCUUUCUACUUCAGUUUACAAGUGAGAAACAUUCUAUGCUGCUUUACAGUCCUACCUUCUAUUUUAAGAUAUUUGUUUAAAUGCAAAUAUGUUUUUAUAUCUUUUAAAACCUGUAUGGAACAUUUUGUGGAAAAGUAAACAAUUGCAGACUUA